AGCCGCCCCGAUCACAUGACCGCGACGUCAUCAAGCAGCUUCCAAACUUCGAGAGACUGGCAGCCGGCGGACAGGAAGUGUUUGCGGUUCACGCCUCGGCUGGAUGACACUUUUAAGUCAGUGGUUAUGGCGGGAGAAGUGACUGGAUGUGGAGUGAUGAGGGCGGCGGUGACCGUGCUGCUAUUGGCUCUAGUAAUGUGUGCGGCGGCAGCAGAAACCAAAGUUCAAGUUAUCCAACUGGUAGAAGGAAAGUCUGGCACUUAUAAUACAUCACAGAAUUUCUGCUAUAAGAAAUCAUAUGAACCAAAGUGGUUUGAUGUCUGGACUAAAGUGCAGAUUCGGGUAAACAGUACCACAAUGAUCGGAGUGACGCAGGUGGAUAGCGAGGAGAAGCUAAAGGAAUUGGAAGGCUUUACCUUCUAUGACUUCUUGUCUUUCUUUAAGGAGAAAUUAAAUGAUACCUACAUAAAUGUGGAUCUCCAGAGUGUUAAAACCUGCAUUAAUGUGCGUGUCAAUGAAGCAGACACGCGUUAUAGUGUCAUUCUGUCUAGAGGCUUUGAUCCGCUGCUCUUUGCCAUCUUCUUUAUCGGUCUCUUCUUGUUUUUCUAUGGAGACUCACUCAGUCGAAGUCAACUUUUUUACUAUGGUACAGGAAUGAGUGUGGGGAUGCUGGCCUCUAUACUGAUCCUUGUGUUCAUGCUCUCCAAGCUGCUGCCUAAGAAAAGCUCUUUCUAUAUGUUACUGGUCGGAGGUUGGUCCUUCUCACUUUAUAUCAUCCAGCUGGUGUUCAGGAACUUUCAGGGAAUCUGCACAGAGUAUUGGCAGUAUCUACUAGGGUAUCUGGGCAUUGUGGGCUUUAUCAGCUUUGCCGUCUGCUAUAAAUAUGGACCUUUGGAAAAUGAGCGAAGUAUAAACCUGCUGAACUGGACUCUACAACUGCUUGGAUUGCUGCUGAUGUACAUAGGCAUUCAAGUGCGGAACGUGGCACUGGUUAUGAUAGUGGUUGCGUUUUGCACCAAACAGAUUGAAUACCCAGUGCGAUGGGCACACAGCUUGUACAGGAUCAUUGCUAAAUCCAGAGAAAAGCCUGCGCCCCCUCGUCUACUGACAGAGGAAGAAUACAGGAAGCAAGGGGAAGAGGAAACUAGAAAAGCAUUAGAAAACUUGCGGGAAUACUGCAGUAGCCCUGAUUGUGAAGCCUGGAAAGUGAUUUCACGUAUCCAGUCCCCCAAAAGGUCAGAAUGUUCAAGGUCCAUGAAAUCUCUCACUGGAAAGAGAGAAGAGGAAGGGAGAACAUGGUUUGCUGACUUUGUGGAAGGUUCAUCUCACUUGACCCCAAAUGAAGCUUCUCUACAUGAACAUGAGUAUGGCAUUGGAGGAUCUUUUUUGGAGGAGGAGUUGUUUGGGGAUGAAGAGGAUUUAGACAUUGACAUUGACAAUGAUGAGUCUUCAUACUCUGAAUUUUACCCAGUAUCGGCUAAUAACAGGGUUAGGUCAUCACAUCUAUGAGUCUUCUAGAAGAUCUUGCUCAUAAGCCAUAAGAUUUCAAUCGCACUUCAUUUGUGCUCUUCCUGGCCGCACAGGUAUUUAAGCCAGCUACUUGACAGGGAUCUGGAGCUUUUGUCUCCACAACUUUUUAUGAACGACGUUUACCAAAAACUGUUUCUGUACAUCAACGUCCUUUAGUUUUCCUACAAACAAAACUGUGCACUUUUUAUGCAGCUAUGUAAACUCCAACCUACGGAAGGAACUAAAGUGAAGAGAUAAGGUAACUCCUGCCAGAGUAUAUUAACUCAUCCAUGUAUGGUCCUAAAGAAAACCUGAAUAUGCUGCCCCCACUGAGGGUAGCAUAAUAUAGUGACAGACAUGCUAUUUCCAGCAGUCUUUCAUAUGCAGAUACAUAGUACAUGUUGCAGUAUGCGCCCAUUGCAGCAAGUGAUGAAUCUGACGUAUUCAGACUCUACUGUACAUACAGUAGAAACAGCAUGCCUGUCUAUUUUAUGCUGCCCUCAGCAACAGCAGCAUGUCCUGUCUGUAAGGUUCCCUUUAAAAACACAGCGUCCCCCGUUUUGUCAGUCACAUAUGUAUGUUUUUAUGCACCAAUUAUUUGUUUGUUUGCUGCUUUGUUUGUCAUAAUUCUAUGCAAAAUAUUGUCUCUACAUGUGCUUUUUCUCACUCUUUUUAGUUUCUUUUGUCAAAUUUUUCUACUUCCCCAUAUAAUAAAACAGUAUUUCAGACACAAUUACAUUAUGUAACUGCAGUGUACCAGCCCUGUCCUAAUCUUAAUCUACUACUACAACUACUAUAGGAGUUUUUUUUUUUUUUUUUCUAAAGGGGAUGUUUGGUAAUGAAACUCUUUGUUUUUAAUCUGUCUAAACAAUGUUCAUAUGCUGGUAUAUAAAAAGUUAUUCAUACUAACCCUUUGUGGUCUUCAUGCUUUUCUUCUGCUUUUGAUGCAGACUCUCUGCUCUGUUGUCUUCAGCACAAUGUCCAGUCUGGUGAACAUGCUUUUAUGGGCUUUCCUUUCCUGUGUACAAGACACUCUAGCCAGGAAUUCAGCCAACUCUCUUCCUCACCUCCACUUUAACUAUACAUGACAUUGGCUGAAUUCCCAGCUAGAGAGCCCUGUACACAGGAAUAGGAAGUAAUUUACAGAAUGUACACCAGACAGUAUGUUAGGCUGGAGACAGCGGAGCAGAUAAUUGGCAUCAGGAGCAGAAGGAAAGAAAGGUAGUAAAUUAACUUUAUUUACUUAUAAAGGUUCAUUUUUUUAGACAGUUGAAAAUAGGUUUAAUUGUUAGAAAACCCCUUUACAAAAGUUUGCUGUAUGUAUGCAACAAUGUCACACAAUGGUCACUCAAUACCUCAACUGUGAAUUACAGUCAAAAUUAACUUUCUGAUGCUGAAUGACAUACAAGAACAAGUUUGAUGACUUUUUCUACAUUUAUCUUUUUUACUAUUUAUAAUUCUGGUUCAUUUUACUCCCCACAGUUCACAUAAGGGAAAUUCUUUUACUUUCCACAUUGAAUGUAACUUUAUAUAGAAACUAUUAUUUCCUUGGACAGCAAAACAAAAAUGUGUGAAGUAUAUUAAGCCAAAGAAUUAAGUUACUUACACACACACAGUGUAGUGGCAGUUUUUAUGUUUUAUUUAUUUCUUUUAUCAAAACAUAUCAGUGGAUACAAAUGAAGAAAUAUCAAUUAUUUUACUUUUUCCCUCUCUUCGGAUCUAUGUCUAGCUUUGGCCCAAAAAACUGCCGUGAAAACUGCCACUAAAACUUAUGAUUCCACCACUAGGGGACUUGAUUGUUGGUUUUCAAUGGAGAAGUGAGUUGCACUUUGGUGCUGCAUCAUCAGCUACAUAAACAGUGAACGGAGUAGUGGUGCACAUGUGCAACUUGCCACUCUGUUGGAAAUCAACUCAGGUCCCGGUUCUCAAGAUUGUUGGGGAUCCCGAUGGUCCGACCCCCUGCAAUUUGACACUCACUACCUAUCCUGUGGAUAAGGGCAUAAGUGAUAUAACUUGCAAUACCCCUUGAAGGUUUUUUGUUUUUCAAAAUAAGACUGUUCUAUCAUGAGACUUAGCCAAUAAUGUGUGAUGAUUGGAGGUUGGGACCAGUACCCAUCAGAACAGAGAGGAUGCAGGACUUUCUGUAACACCGCAGCCCAUUCUCUGUCCAUAUUCUUUGUGGCUUCAUCUGGUACUGCAGGUCGGCACCACUAAAGUUAUUGGUGUUAUACAAUCAUUCAUCAUAGGGUUGGGUACUUAAGUUAAAGAUAGGUCUUCUUUGUUAUUUCCCAGUAACUAAAGUUUAAAUGGCUGCUGUUAGAUUCAAAAACGUUUUAUAUGUUGUACAUCUCUGCAAAACAUUAACCUUUCUAAUAUACUUCAUAAGAAAAUUUUAUUUCCUUUUUAUAGAAAUAAUGGCUUUUUCCAUGCCUGUGGUUUAGCUUGGACAAAGUCCAGUAACUUGAGGGUGGGCUACCAUUGUCUGAUAGGACAGGAGGAGAGUGGAGAGCUAGCCCACCCUCCUUUACUGGUCUUUGUCCAUGCCUGUGCUUCAGCUUGGACAAAGCCAUGAUU